AUGAUGUAUAAUAUGGCCCAAUUUAGUAGCUUCAUUUUGCCAUCAAUUCUGAAGCCCUGCUCUGCAAUUAAUGGUAUUGGAAUGUGGAAAAAGGUCCAUAGUAGGAUUAUAAAAUCUGGGAUUGAGUCUGAUCCCUUUGUUGAGACUUCAUUGCUGAGUAUGAUGAAUUGGAAUGGUCAGGCUACUGAAGGGUUGGAAAUUUUCAUGGAAAUGGCGAGGGAAGGUAUGAAAAUUGAUUCGGUAACUAUGUUUAGUAUAUCUGAGGCCUGCGGUGAGUUGAGAUUAUCGAGAGAUAGAAAGUCAGUUCAUGGUUAUGUUGUUAGAAGGAAUGUUGAAAAUGAUUAUGGGGCAUUGGGUUAUGUUCGGGAACAAAUGGCCAAUGAGGCUUUCACACUUUUUGUUCAAAUGUUUAUUCGAGGGAUGUUGCCCGAUUCAUUUGCCUUGGCAAGUGUUCUAUUGGCCUGUGGAGAUACUGGAUUUUCUAAAAUUGGAUGUCAAGUACAUGGCUGUUGUCCAUUGAUGGAGUUCGUGCAGAAUGCUCUAAUUGACAUGUACUCUAAAUGCGAAUAUGUGGAUUCAGCCUAUCGGGGUUUUCCGUAUUGCCCAACGAGAGUGUUAUAG